AGGCCGGAGCAGCGGGGCUGGGCGCUCAGAGCGAGCUUGCUCUCCCGGGAGUUUCCUGUGCAGAGCCCCGCGCCUGUCGCGCGGGAGUUCCAGUCUGAGUGCCCUCCUCUCCCACCUCCCCAUCCUCAUCACAGCAUGUAAAGUCGUCCGUCCCUCCUCGGACUUUGCCGAGGCGGCAACUUUCCUCUGGAGCCGCGGGGAGCAGAGCAGCAGAAGCGCGCGGGGCAGCGCGCAGCACGGCCGGCCAGCCCCGCGUCCCACCGCCCACCAUGAGCGAGGAGAGCCGAGGGGACGGCCGCGCUGAGAGCGCCAAGGACAUGGAGAAGCAGCUUCGGCUGCGCGUUUGCGUACUCAGCGAGCUGCAGAAGACCGAGCGGGACUACGUGGGCACCCUGGAGUUCCUAGUGUCGGCAUUCUUACAUAGAAUGAACCAGUGUGCUGCAGCAAAGGUCGACAAGAAUGUAACAGAAGAAACAGUAAAGAUGUUGUUCUCAAACAUUGAAGAUAUCCUUGCAGUACAUAAAGAAUUCUUAAAAGUCAUGGGAGAAUGCCUACACCCAGAACCCAAUGCUCAACAGGAAGUGGGGACCUGCUUUCUUCACUUUAAAGACAGAUUUCAUAUUUAUGAUGAAUACUGUAGCAACCAUGAGAAGGCACAAAAAUUGCUUCUUAAACUUAACAAAGUAAGAACAAUGCAGACGUUUCUUUUGAACUGCAUGUUGCUGGGAGGAAGAAAGAAUACAGAUGUUCCCCUGGAAGGAUACUUGGUAACUCCAAUUCAAAGGAUAUGCAAGUACCCUCUGCUCUUGAAGGAGUUGCUGAAGAGGACUCCACGGAAACACAGUGACUACGUGGCAGUGAUGGAAGCCCUCCAAGCCAUGAAAGCAGUCUGUUCCAACAUAAACGAGGCCAAGAGACAGAUGGAGAAGUUAGAAGUUUUAGAGGAAUGGCAGUCUCACAUUGAAGGCUGGGAGGGAUCUAACAUCACUGACACCUGUACUGAAAUGUUGAUGUGUGGAGUCUUACUGAAAAUUUCCUCUGGAAAUAUUCAAGAACGGGUGUUUUUUCUUUUUGAUAACCUUUUGGUGUACUGCAAAAGGAAACACAGACGCUUGAAGAACAGCAAGGCAUCCACAGAUGGACACCGGUACCUAUUUCGGGGCCGGAUCAAUACCGAAGUGAUGGAGGUGGAGAAUGUGGAUGAUGGCACCGCUGACUUCCAUAGCAGCGGACACAUUGUUGUUAACGGUUGGAAGAUACAUAAUACAGCAAAAAAUAAGUGGUUUGUGUGCAUGGCAAAAACACCUGAAGAAAAGCACGAGUGGUUUGAAGCGAUUUUGAAAGAAAGAGAGCGACGAAAAGGUUUAAAACUAGGAAUGGAGCAAGACACCUGGGUAAUGAUCUCUGAACAGGGUGAGAAACUUUAUAAAAUGAUGUGCAAACAAGGAAAUCUGAUCAAAGACAGAAAAAGGAAAUUGACUACGUUCCCUAAAUGCUUCCUUGGAAGUGAAUUUGUGUCGUGGUUGUUGGAAAUUGGAGAGAUUCAUAGACCAGAAGAAGGUGUUCACUUGGGACAAGCAUUAUUAGAAAAUGGAAUCAUCCACCAUGUUACUGAUAAACAUCAAUUCAAGCCAGAGCAGAUGUUAUAUAGAUUUCGGUAUGAUGAUGGUACAUUUUAUCCAAGAAAUGAGAUGCAGGAUGUGAUUUCAAAGGGCGUAAGAUUGUAUUGUCGUCUUCAUAGUCUGUUUACCCCAGUGAUAAGAGAUAAAGAUUACCAUUUAAGGACUUACAAAUCUGUUGUCAUGGCCAACAAAUUGAUAGACUGGUUAAUUGCACAGGGGGAUUGCCGUACCAGAGAAGAGGCAAUGAUAUUUGGCAUUGGACUCUGUGACAAUGGAUUUAUGCACCAUGUCCUGGAAAAAAGUGAAUUCAAAGAUGAGCCCUUACUUUUCCGUUUCUUUGCGGAUGAGGAAAUGGAAGGAUCAAAUAUGAAACAUCGACUUAUGAAACAUGAUUUAAAAGUUGUGGAAAAUGUUAUAGCCAAGUCACUCUUGAUUAAAUCUAAUGAUGGCAGUUAUGGCUUUGGGCUAGAAGACAGAAAUAAAGUUCCAAUAAUAAAAUUGGUAGAAAAGGGGUCUAAUGCUGAGAUGGCUGGCAUGGAAGUUGGGAAAAAGAUUUUUGCUAUUAAUGGUGACCUGGUUUUUAUGAGACCUUUCAAUGAAGUGGAUUGCUUCUUGAAAUCAUGCCUAAACAGCAGAAAGCCUCUAAGAGUUCUUGUGAGCACAAAGCCAAGGGAGACUGUGAAAAUCCCAGAUUCAGCUGAUGGGCUUGGAUUCCAGAUCCGAGGAUUUGGCCCUUCCGUUGUACAUGCAGUAGGAAGAGGAACUGUAGCAGCAGCAGCUGGUCUUCACCCUGGACAGUGUAUUAUCAAAGUAAAUGGAAUCAAUGUCAGCAAAGAGACCCACGCCAGUGUCAUUGCACAUGUUACAGCCUGCAGGAAAUAUAGGCGACCAAUGAAGCAAGAUUCCAUACAGUGGGUUUAUAAUAGCAUCGAGAGUGCUCAGGAAGACCUCCAAAAAUCUAACUCCAAACCUCCUGGAGAUGAACCAGGGGAUGCUUUUGACUGCAAAGUUGAAGAGGCACUUGACAAGUUCAACACCAUGGCCAUCAUCGACGGGAAGAAGGAGCACGUGAGUCUGACGGUGGACAACGUCCACCUGGAGUACGGGGUUGUGUACGAGUAUGACAGCACGGCUGGGAUCAAGUGCAAUGUGGUGGAGAAGAUGAUUGAGCCCAAGGGGUUCUUCAGCCUGACUGCCAAGAUUCUUGAAGCCCUGGCUAAAAGUGAUGAUCAUUUUGUGCAAAACUGUGCCAGCCUAAAUUCCCUGAAUGAAGUGAUUCCUUCUGACCUUCAGAGUAAAUUCAGUGCCAUGUGCAGUGAAAAAAUUGAGCACAUUUGUCAGAGAAUUUCCAGUUACAAAAAGUUCUCUCGUGUGCUGAGGAAUCGAGCGUGGCCCACCUUUAAACAAGCCAAAUCUAAGAUCUCCCCACUGCACAGCAGUGAUUUCUGCCCUACCAACUGCCAUGUCAAUGUGAUGGAAGUUUCUUAUCCCAAAACAUCAACCUCUCUGGGGAGUGCCUUUGGUGUUCAGCUGGAUAGUAGGAAGCAUAAUUCUCAGGAUAAAGAAAGUAAAUCUUCUGAGCAAGGGAAACUGAGCCCCAUGGUGUACAUUCAGCACACCAUUACAACCAUGGCAGCCCCUUCAGGACUGUCCCUGGGACAGCAGGAUGGCCAUGGCCUUCGGUAUUUGUUGAAAGAGGAAGACUUAGAAACUCAAGAUAUCUAUCAGAAACUUCUGAGCAAAAUCCAGACUGCCCUGAGAGAAGUGGAGAUGUGUGUUUGUCAAAUAGAUGACCUUCUAUCUUCAAUCACAUAUUCUCCAAAAUUGGAGCGUAAGACCUCAGAGGGCAUAAUACCAACAGACAGCGACAAUGAGAAGGGAGAAAGAAACAGCAAACGAGUCUGUUUUAACGUAGCAGGAGAUGAGCAGGAAGAUUCGGGUCAUGACACCAUCAGCAACAGAGACUCAUACAGUGACUGCAACAGCAACAGGAACUCCAUCGCCUCCUUUACCAGCAUUUGCAGCAGCCAGUGCAGCUCCUAUUUUCACAGUGACGAAAUGGACUCGGGAGAUGAACUUCCCUUAAGUGUUCGAAUUUCUCGUGAUAAACAGGAUAAGAUACAUAGUUGCCUUGAGCAUCUUUUCAGCCAGGUGGAUUCAAUUACCAAUCUCCUAAAAGGACAAGCUGUUGUGAGGGCCUUUGAGCAAACUAAGUAUCUCACACCAGGUCGAGGAUUACAAGAAUUUCAACAGGAAAUGGAACCAAAGCUGAGUUGUCCAAAAAGGUUAAGGCUUCACCUCAAGCAAGAUCCUUGGAAUCUUCCCAGCAGCGUCCGGGCUCUUGCUCAGAACAUCAGAAAAUUUGUUGAAGAGGUAAAGUGUAGGAUACUCCUGUCUCUUCUUGAAUACACAGUCAGUCAGACACAGCUCCGGAGAGACAUGGUUUUCUGCCAAAGUCUAGUGGCCACCGUCUGUGCCUUCUCUGAGCAGCUCAUGGCAGCCUUAAACCAGAUGUUUGACAACAGCAAGGAAAAUGAGAUGGAGACAUGGGAAGCCAGCAGAAGGUGGCUGGACCAGAUAGCAAAUGCAGGUGUUCUCUUUCACUUUCAGUCACUUCUGUCACCAAACUUGACAGAUGAACAAGCCAUGCUAGAAGAUACACUGGUUGCACUAUUUGAUUUGGAAAAGGUUUCAUUUUAUUUUAAACCAUCAGAAGAGGAACCACUGGUUGCAAAUGUUCCUCUUACAUAUCAAGUGGAAGGAAGCCGGCAAGCUCUGAAGGUUUAUUUCUACAUUGAUAGUUACCAUUUUGAACAACUGCCCCAAAGGUUGAAAAAUGGAGGAGGGUUUAAAAUUCAUCCUGUUCUUUUUGCACAAGCACUGGAGAGCCUGGAAGGAUAUUAUUAUAGAGACAAUGUUUCUGUGGAAGAAUUUCAAGCCCAGAUAAAUGCAGCCUCCUUGGAAAAGGUCAAGCAGUACAACCAGAAACUCAGGGCAUUCUAUUUGGACAAGUCAAAUUCACCACCAAACUCCACAUCCAAAGCUGCCUAUGUAGAUAAGCUAAUGAGGCCUCUCAAUGCUUUGGAUGAACUUUAUCGACUGGUAGGCUCAUUUAUCAGAUCAAAACGCACAGCUGCUUGUGCAAACACAGCCUGCAGCGCCUCUGGAGUUGGACUGCUGUCAGUUUCCUCUGAGCUGUGCGACAGGCUGGGAGCUUGCCACAUCAUCAUGUGCAGCAGCGGAGUGCAUCGGUGCACCCUGAGUGUGACACUGGAGCAAGCCAUCAUUCUAGCCAGGAGCCAUGGGCUGCCUCCUCGCUACAUUAUGCAGGCUACAGAUGUGAUGCGGAAGCAGGGAGCAAGAGUUCAGAACACAGCAAAGAAUUUGGGAGUGAGAGACCGGACCCCUCAAUCAGCUCCAAGGCUGUACAAGCUGUGCGAGCCCCCUCCCCCGGCUGGAGAAGAAUGAAGAGAAUCCCAAGGAACCAAGCAGGUGGAAGCUUCUGAACACUGGCCCUGACCAGUACAUGCUGGUUCAGCAUUCUCCACUGAAAAUAAAAGAACUGCAUUUUUUUUCUUUCCUCUAAAUCUUUCCCCACGGUGUUUUAUAACUAAUGCUCAGUUUGUACUUGGAUAUUUAUGCUGGAAACGGGUAGGAGUUCAUUCAGACUUCAGCCUCACAAAGUGAUCUCUGUAGAUUGACAUCAUGUCUUCAUUUUUUGUGCAAAAAUUCAUCUCCGGAAUUUAUAGAAAAAAAAAUGUCCGAGAUAAAAACAUUUAACUAUUGGUCUCCUCUCGGAUUCAUUCAUUUGAUAUUGUAUCUGUUUUCAGUUUCCCCAAAUGGACACAUGUAAUAAUGGAUAGUUUUGCUUGAAGAAGUCUGUCACUGAAAAACACAUGGCCACACUCGACACAUCAUCAUGUGAAAGUUGAAAAUGGUAUAGACUGGGAGGCAUAGGUUUUCCAUCCCCCAUUCAUGUCAGAGGAGGGUAUAUGUGUGGAAGCUGAAACAUAUGCUUCUUUGUUUGUCCUAAGGGCUGCUCAGUAGAGGAGAAGGGAGCUUUCAGGCCUCCAGCAAGACUUUCUUCCAUUACUUCCAAGUGUACUUUAUGCUCAUGAACAUGUCCAGUGAGCUGGUGCUGUCCUUGGUCUCUGCUGUGGGCCUGGCUUCCCAAGGAUACCUGUCUCGAAUGUCGUAGCCAAUGGCCCUGGGUAGGGCAUGGUGUGGGGAUCAGCAAGGUGAGGGGAAGGGGAAUGGGUAAAGAAGAAAAAAAUAAACCUAUUUAAAAACUCACUUGUCUACCUUAGAAAGAAACCUAAAACUCAGUUUUUGGAAGCCUUUCCACAAGAUGUCAGACUCAAAAGAAUUCACCAUCAGGAGUGCGUUUUUCAUCCAAGUAUUGUACAAGAUGUGAAAAUAAAGCUUUACUUGUUAUACUUUAAAAGGACCACUGGAAACCUURAUUGUGGACACAAAGUAUAUUCCAUGUUCAUCCUAAAGUAUGUGUAAUUUUUGUCAUUUCUGCACUGAUAUAAUAGUAUGGUUUUAUCAUUGUGAAUAAUUAACAUUUAUUUUAAACUCAUAAUUCUCAAAAUAAUGGAAAGACUCGUAUUGUGUUUAUAAUAAUUAGAGCCACACUUUGCUUCACAACAGGAGGAAGCUCUGAGAAAAGUAUCACUAGGCAAUUUCAUCAUCAUGCAAAUAUCAUGCGCUUACACAAGCUGAGAUGGCUAUGACAUCAUUAGAUGGUUUAAUUUGUGGGACCCCUGUCAUAGAUGCUGUCCUUCAUUAACCAGAAUGUCAUUAUGCAGCACAUGACUGCAUGUGGAUUUAGACUAAGUAUGUGAAAUAACCAUGGUUUAGGCAAAUCGUUAUUAAAUUUUAAUUUGCAAAAUCUAAUAAUGGCUUUCACACUAUCAUUAAAUACCUUCAUCACUAGCAGCUGUGUUUUGAAUAACAAAAAUACCGUGUUCUAUAUUAUGUCUGUAAACUUACUGGUCAAGGUAAUAGUUGUCAUUUGGCAUGGAAGCACUUGAGAUUCUUCUGUUGAGCCCAUAGGUAUAGCAACAAACAAGGAAACCAAGGUCAAAGUUUCCAGAGCAAAAGUUGGACAUUUUGAAUUUAAUGAAGAUAACGACCUUCACAUAAGUUUCUAUAUUAAAUAACUCUGGACUCUCUGAGGUCUCACAUUCUUGACAUUUUCAGCAAGUGAUCCUGAAGGCUCAUCUAAUUUGUGAUUUUUUUUUCCUGUUCUGAAAAUUCAAUAACUUUCAAUGCAGGGCUAAUGAGUGAACACACCUGGUUGAUUAGCUGGUGCUUAUCAUGUUGUCAUGACUGUCUUCUAGUCAGCAUCCUGGCAGUGAUCCUCAUCAGAGGCCUGUCACCUAAACAUUUUAGAACUUUGCCACCUCUCCUGGGCCCCACUAUCUGCUCUUUAGGUAUUUACAAAUUAACAUAUUUUAAAGGGUCUAAUCUCUAUAAUAGAAAAUGCUCAGUAAUAUUUCCAGGGUUAAAUGUACGUGUACAGUCUAUCAGUGUAUAUGCCACUUACUAAAUUCAUCAACGCCUGAAUGGUUCCUAUUAACAUGAGUCACUCUUGUUUUUUACUGUAAUAAUAUCUGUAACUAAUAUUUACUAAAUGAUCACUGUGUGCUAAGUGGCACCUCUGAUUGCUUUUCCCACAUUUUGUUACUACUUCACAUAAUCCUCAUAACAUUGAUAUUAGUUGGUMUUCUUUUUAUCACUCCCAUUUUAUUUGCAUUUGAGGAACUGAAGCAAAGAAUGUUCCAGUGACUUGUACCGGUUCGUAUGACUCACAAGGGGUAGAAGCAAAAUUCGAACCCAGGAAAUCCUUUUUCUUAAUAUGUUAUGCUGCUUUUCCAUGUUGAUAUAACAACUAUUGUAAUAUUACCAAUUACUUGUUAGUAAAGUUGGAGUUAUAUGGCAUGUGUUGCCAUGAAAAUAUACAUAUUAAGCUGAAAAUAAAAGUGAAUGGGGGCUGGGGUUGUGGC